CACUACUACAUUGUGUUUAUUAAUUCUUAAGGAUUUGAUAAUUACUUUGUAGUCAAUUGCAGCUUUCCAAAGACAUGGCCGAUGCAGAGGAGGCACAGUCUGGCAGCACUAGCCUCACGCCCACCGAUAAAGACGCCUCAAAGAUUUGCAUUCUACUUAACGCCACGGGAAAUGUACCCAUCAUAAAGAAAAGAACUUGGACUGUGGAUCCCAACAAGACCGUUAGUUGGAUACAAAAGUUCAUACAUAAGUAUUUGAAGCUUGACGCCAGCGAACAAAUUUUUCUUUACGUUAAUCAAACGUUUGCACCUGCGCCAGACCAGAUAAUAAAGAACCUGUAUGAUUGCCAUGGCACCAACGGAAAACUAGUGCUGUACUAUUGUAAAAACCAGGCGUGGGGCUAAAUCGAUACUUAAGUUUUAGUAUUUAUUUUGUCUACAGUAAUUUAUUAAUUAAAGUGUAUGUACGCGCAGUAA